AGUAAACAAUUCAAUAAUUUACAAUUUGAUUAUAAAUAAGUAGAUUUUGUCAAUUUUUUAAGGUUCCAAUGCUUUAAAUUUUACAUUGGUACAGUUAGUGGAAUGCAGAAAAGUUAUAAAGAUUGUGCUUGAGAAAUAAAGUUUAUUCUUCGUCGCCAAAGAGAAUAGAUCGAAAUGUCACUAGCCGGCAAAGUGGUAAUUGUCACGGGGGCAAGCUCAGGUAUUGGAGCUACCACUGCAGAAGCUUUUGCCCAGCACGGCGCCAAGGUUGCAAUUGUCGGACGAAAUGAAACCAAUUUAAAGACUACUGAAGCGGCCUGCAAAGCAGCCAACAGCAAAGCCGAAAUACUACCCAUCAUUGCUGAUGUAACUGUGGACGCUGAACGUGUCAUAAACGAAACCGUACAGAAAUUUGGGCAGCUGGAUGUGUUGGUGAACAAUGCUGGCAUACUGGCUAAUGGAAAUAUUUUGGACAUUGGUGUGGAGCAAUUUGACAGCAUUUUAAAUACAAAUUUACGUGCGGCUUUCCUUUUGACUAAAUUCGCCGCACCACAUUUGGUAAAAACACAAGGCAACAUCGUUAAUGUGUCCAGUGUCGCCGGCUUGCGUUCAUUCCCGAAUACUUCAAGCUAUUGCACCUCGAAGGCAGCUCUUGAUCAGUUUACCAGAUGUAUUGCUUUGGAUUUGGCGCCGAAACAAGUGCGGGUAAAUUCUGUGAAUCCUGGCGUGGUGGUAACAGAUAUCCAUAAACGUUCUGGCAUGUCUGCAGAGGAGUACGCUAAAUACUUGGAGCACCAUAAAGAGACGCACGCGCUGGGCCGCGUAGGCUCAACUAAGGAAGUGGCCGAUGCUAUUAUUUUCUUCGCCAGUGAUACAGCCAGCUUUAUAACGGGUGCAACAUUGCCCAUCGAUGGCGGCAAACAUGCAAUGUGUCCGCGUUGAUUGGGAAUUUAGAUAUAGAUUUGUAUUUAACUGCUCAUUAUGUAUUUUCUAGCUCGCUACCUUAAAUAAAUUUUAUUAUUUAUGUACA